AUGUGCAGACUUUCUGGGUAUCACAUCAUGAUAGUUUCGAAGUACCUCAAAACUAUUAACGACUUUAUUAACUUGGAGUUGGUAUGCAAGAAGUUUAGAGGAAAUAUGGAGAAAUUCCACUUCAACCCAAUUACGUUGAAUUCCAAAACACUUGAAUACUUCCCAAACAUCGAGACACUUCAUUUGUGGAAUAAAAAAGAUGAAAAUUUUGGUAAUGGAUUUAUGAUCAACAGAAGAGAAAAUGAAGAUUGUGAAAAUAAAAGUUUUUUGAAGAAAAAGUUCUUUCGAAUUAUUGUGUGGUUCAAUGUUGACUUUGAAACUGUUGACAGAAACAAAAGUCGAAACAUCGAGUUUAAAAAUGUCACUUACACUCAAAAUGAUAGAAAGAAAUUUGGUAACAACAUACCACCAAUUGUGAGAUCUAUUGGUGAUUGUUGUUUCUAUGAAUGUGGUAGUUUGGGCAGUGUUAACAUACCAUCAAGUGUAACAUCAAUUGGUAUAUAUUGUUUUUAUGGAUGCAGUAGUCUGAGCAGUAUUACAAUUCCAUCAAAUGUGACAUCAAUUGGAAGUCAAUGUUUCAGUUUUUGUAGUAGUUUGAGGAGUAUUACAAUACCAUCAAGUGUUACAUCAAUUGGUGAUUUUUGUUUCUAUAAAUGUAUUAAUUUAACUAAUGUUACAAUACCAUCAAAUGUGAGAUCAAUUGGUUAUUAUUGUUUCUGUAAAUGUAGUAAUUUAAGCAGUAUUACAAUACUAUCAAGUGUGACAUCAAUCAGUGAUUGUUGUUUCAGUGGAUGCAGUAGUUUAAGAAGUGUUACGAUCCCAUCGAGUGUGACAUCGAUUGAUAAUUAUUGUUUUUAUGGAUGCCAAAGGUUGAGUAGUGUUAAUAUUCCAUCAAGUCUCACAUCAGUUGGAAUUCAAUGUUACCCAUCAGAUACAGUAGUUCAUCGAAAUUAA